UAAUGCUCUUAGACUCGCUUUCGGAGGGAGACGCGUGAACCUCGGCUGGCGCCUCGCGUCGCCACAGGUGACUGCGCUCCCGACAUGCCAGCCCCACCACCACCGGACCCUGAGUUUGUGCUCCGAGGUGCCCAGACGGCUGUGCAUUCGCUGCAUUUCUACUCCGGGGCACAGGGACAGGAGCGCCCCCUCCUCCUCUCAGGGGCCCAGAGCGGGCUGGUGCACAUCUGGAACCUGCAGACCCGGAGGCCAAUCGCCACCCUGGAUGGCCAUGGGGGCCAGUGUGUGACCUGGCUGCAGACGCUGCCCUCAGGUCACCAACUCCUCAGCCAGGGCCGGGACCUGCAGCUGUGCAUGUGGGAGCUGGCGGAGGGCCGGAAUGCAGUCGUAGACUCUGUGCGUCUGGAGAGCGUGGGCUUCUGCAGGAGCACAAUCCUGGCUGACAGCACACAGCGCUGGACACUGGCUAUACCCGGGAGAGGCAGCAGUGAGGUUCAGAUUCUGGAGAUGCCAUCCAAGACGUCCGUGUGCACCCUGAAGCCGGAGGCAGAUGCCAAGCCAGGCAUGCCCAUGUGCCUGCAGCUGUGGCAGGCUGCCUCCAGCCCACGCCCACUUCUCCUGGCCGGCUAUGAGGAUGGAUCCGUAGCCCUGUGGGACAUCGCCCAGCGGAAGACUUGCAGUCGCCUUACCUGCCACCCUGAGCCUAUCAUGUGCCUCGACUUCGACUCCCAGAAGGCCAAAGGCGUGUCAGGCUCGGCGGAGAAGGCGCUGGCUGUCUGGAGCGUGGAUGAGCAGCAGGCACUACAGGUGUGCGGAACUCAGCAAAUCACCAACCCGGGCAUUGCUGAUGUCAAGAUCCGGCCAGACCGCAAGAUCUUGGCCACUGCAGGCUGGGACCAUCGCAUCCGGAUCUUUCGCUGGAGCACGAUGAAGCCAUUGGCCGUACUGACCUUCCACAGUGCAAUCGUCCACUGUGUAGCUUUUUCAGACAGUGGAUUGCUGGCUGCGGGCUCUGGGGACCAGCGCAUCAGCAUCUGGUCGCUCUACUCACACACGUGACUCGACGGCCCUAGGGACAUGGAGGGCAGGGCAGUGGGCAUCUGCCUUUGUCCUGACCCUGGAUGGAGUGGAGUGACACCUCAGGAAGCCUUUUGUACCUGAGUCUUGCCACAGUGCCUUCCCCUUGCAGAAGUCUGCUCUGGGGUCCUCACCCUAUUUCUCAUUGUAAAAUGCAACAGCUGCAAGACAGUGGCAAUUUACAGGGCAGCUGGGCUGACACAAGUACUUACAGCCCAGGGCAGGGCCCGGCUGGAGAUUCUGUACAAUAAAUUUUCACUUGCAAA